AUGGAACUACUAAAGCCUUAUAUCCACUCAAAAUCACCAUUAGCCAGCACUCAACUUACAUCAUAUACAGCCCAUGCUAAUACAGUACAGAUUGAUCCGUUUUUAGAGUCAAUCAAGAAACGAUAUUCCACAGAACUCAGUCGUACACAGCACAAAUUGAUGUUGCAACGACAAUCCUUCUUGGCAGACGAUAAGAAUUAUAUAGAUCAUCCUCAAAACAUGCGCAAACUCACCAAAGAAUUGGAUAGAGUAAACAAGGAAUACAGGCAUUUAAAGCAGUUUCAAGACCCUCUUCUCCUAUCUUUAAGACGCGUAACCGCAUUACAAGACCAGCCUUCUCUUUCAUCUUCAUGCUCUUCUUCUUAUUCUUUUGUGUCACCGUCACCACCAUCAUCAUCACUAUUCAUGUUAUCACCACCACCUCAUUUACAAAGAAGAGCUUCAUCGCAUACAGUCAAAUUUCGUUACAAGGGUCUUUGGGCAUUCAAUCAAGCGACAUAA